UUGGAAAGUAACAGAGACGGAGAGAGACGGAGCAGGUAACUCUUGGCACGGCACAUUCAAACUUCAACUUCUAUUCAUCUGAGUCUCUGAUGGACGGCACACAGACACACAACGUGCAGUGUGAAGAAAAUCCCCCUCCGUAUUACUCUGUGGUGAAGCCGAAUGAACCCCCUCCUUCAUAUGUGGACAUCCAGGCACUGCCCAGUGCUCCAGCCAUCAUCCCAUUCUACAUCCACCACCAUCUGCCCCAAAUACCCGCACCACAUACACCCCAACCUGUUAUAGCUCCUACAGCCAGAGUUCAACCAGCAGACUUGCCCCGGUCCAGUCUAGUGGUGACACGAAGUAAGAAAGCUCGCUGCUAUGGAGGCUCAGGAGGCUUCCUCCUUAUCUUGGUUGUCAUUGGAUUAGCCAUCUGGUUAGGAGUGCAUUACAGUGCAUUGCUGGCAUCUAAAGGGUCAGAAGUGGACAAUUGCCCAUCAUCAGCUGUUGGCUGCGAUGGACACAGAGACUGCAAGCGGGGCAGUGAUGAAUCACAUUGCGUCCGGUUCGGAGCAGGAAACGAACUCCAAGUCAUGACUUCAAACUCCGGCCACUUUCUUCCUGUCUGCUCUGCGGGCUGGAACCGGAGCCUGGCUGACCAAAUCUGCCAGCAGCUCGGAUUCAGAGUGAGUUAUCAGUAUGGAUCCUUGACCUCAACCUCAUCUUCGUUCCUGUCUGUGAGUGAUCAGUCCACAGAAAACAUACAGGGAAGACUUAAAGUCACUUCUACGUGUCCAGGUCAGCAGACAGCAUCUCUUCUAUGCAGCGAUUGUGGGCAUCCACACACCUCCUCCAGGAUCGUAGGGGGUAACGUGGCAGCACUGGGUCAGUGGCCGUGGCAGGCCAGCCUGCACUUUAAGGGAUCUCACACCUGCGGAGGCUCUCUGGUGGCCCAGGACUUCAUACUGACCGCCGCACACUGUUUCCCCAAAGACUCCGCCUCUAGGCAGGUGCCUAGUAACUGGCGAGUGUAUUUGGGUGUGGUGUCUCAGUACCUGCUGCCCCUGCCGUACUCUGUAGAGCAGAUCACACUGCAUGAACUGUACAACUCCCAUACCAACGACUACGACAUCGCCAUCCUCAAACUCAGCCUUCCCGCCAACCUGUCCAGUACAGUCCAGCCUGUGUGUCUUCCUGCAUUUGACCAGACCGUCUCUGUAGAUACGCAAUGCUGGACGUCUGGCUUUGGCGCCACGUUUGAAGGAGCAGGCUUUGGCUCCAGUAAGCUGAUGGAGGUGGCAGUGAAUAUAAUCGACUCUUCAGUGUGUAACGGCGCUGAGGUCUAUAACGGGCGGAUCACUCAAAACAUGCUGUGUGCAGGAGAUCUCAACGGGGGGAGUGACUCCUGCCAGGGGGACAGUGGUGGUCCUUUGGUGUGUCAAGAGAGUGAUGGACGCUGGUAUCUCACUGGAGUGACCAGCUGGGGAGUGGGCUGUGGCCGAAAGAACAGCCCUGGCAUUUACAGCAAUGUACACAGCCUGCUAACAUGGAUACACAGCAAGAUGGAGCAAGAAAGGCCCUGACCACUCAGCACUCUGAAUGUACUUUACGGCAUGCCGGAGGGAAGCACAGGCCUUGGCAGCACCACAGCAAAUCACUUUGCUAAAUGCAGGAAACAUUUCAGUGUCUGUUUUUUAUUUGGGUCAUUUUAUUUGUGGUUUGUUUCUGAUUCAUCAACAGUAAUUGAUUCCCUGACUCCCUCGUUCUCUUUGCAUGUGCACCUCAUGGACAUUUCAUUGAGACUGUCUGUGUUAGUCAUGCUCAAGGGUUCAGGUUGAACAUUGGGUUACUGAAACAUUUCUUUGUAAAUGAGUUGUUGAGAGGUAACCAAAGCCACUCGGAGUGGUUUGGUGAGAGACAGUUCAUUGCAGAGAAACUUACUGACUCAGAAGUCAUUACGGUGGCGCUGAUGGGAACCAGGGGUCACCAUGACUACAACACAAAUAUAGUCAUUUUAUUUACUAUUCAAACCACCAGUGAACCCCUCAAGUGUCGUCCUAUGCUUAUAUGUAAUUUCACUGAUGGUAAAAUAGUCUAGGUUUCUUUGGGGGGAAAAAGGUUUUCUUUCUUUGCUUCACGGUGUCCUGCCUAUACACCUCCACCUCAAACAGAAUUUAAAACAGCAGUUUUAGGCCAAAAUUGACCAAAACUAUUGAAAUGUUACUAAUGUGUCUAACCCUAUUUCAUGCAGUCACUUUUUGUGACGGUGCUUUUAGAGGUCAGACGUCUGGUUCCUAUCACCACCAAUGUGAACGUUUCUUACUCAGUUAGUGUCUCUAGAACGGAACAUCUCACAUCAAACCACUCUGAAUGACGUUUUUAAGAAAUACUAACUGGCCUUUCACUAGUGGCCUCUAGUGGACAAAACCACUGUUGAGUCAAUUAAUGAAUUCAUAAAUGUGCUUUUUAUUAAUUUUUUCUUUAAUUGUGCAAUUGGGUUAGUUUUUUUCCUAUUAUUGACAUUCAAGGAUCUGAUUUAUUUCCGAAACCACUUGAAUAUUAGAUCAUUGUCCACAAUAAAUCAUGACCUUAAUAAAAAUUCAAAUUGAGUGAA